AGCAAGACAGAGGGAGCCUUGCUCCUGAGGAGCUCCGAUUCACGUCCCYGAGGGGUGCCAGGAGCCUCGGCCAGGUCCAACAGCUGCCCCCCAAAUGGACUCCCAUAACAUGUCCUGGAUUCGGUACCCAAGCCAUGUGUCCCCAGCYGUGGAAGAUGUCAUUGCUGCACAAAGUGUCAUCUCCAGGUGCAUGCAUGUGUAUGUUGCUCUGCUUGUACCGCUGAGCUUGGUGAUGGGGCUCUUCAACCUGAUCACUUUCAUUCGGAACCAUGGCAAGCUGGUGGCCCUGGACAUGCUGCUCUCAGGCCUCACRGUCACAAGUAUCCUGGUGACACUGCUGUCACUCAAUGCUGCCAGCAGGCCUGACUACAUACUCACAACCAACCUGCACUGUGGGGUCCUCUCCUUCUUCUCCAAUAUGUGCUAUUUCAAUGCCCAGUACCUGCAGACGGCCAUGCUUGUCCUGUUUCUAUUGCCGGGUUCCUCGAGCUACCUGCUCACAGGGGCCCAGGGCACCUGGAGGCCUCUGGCGGGCCUGGCUGCCAUUUGGGGCUGCGCUGUCUGCAGCUCUCUGGUUGUGGUAUCCCUGCUGGGUACAUCCAGAGAGCUGCACCAAACCACCCUGUGCCAGGCGGACCCCCUGACGGCCUGGCCUGAGUACGAAAUUGUUAAGUUCAGCCUGGGCUUUGGGCUYGCCCUCGUUCUCAAGCUGGUUCUCCUUCUGCUGCUCUCUGCUAAACCGGCCUGGCGGACAGCUUUCACCSGGAGGGACACCGCCUCUGCACGCUGGGUGGUACUGGCCAUCACUCUGAAUAUGUUUGCCUGCCGACUCUUCUCCAGCACAGUGCUCCUCCAACGGGCCAGGCGGAAGAUGCAGAGGGACAUAGGCUCCCCGCGGGAUGAGCUGCUCAUGAACCUGGCAGAACUGGUCCUGUCUGGGGAGAGCUGUGUGAACUCCCUGUUUACCCUCGUCUUCCACAAGCCCUGCAAGCUCAUGCUGCUGGACGCCCUAGGGCGCCUCACACAGAGGUGCAGAAGAGGAGGCACCAACAACAGCGUCUCCUAGAACAGGACAGGGGCUGGGUCUGAUCCUGCCUUCUGGCAUGAGCCACAGGGAAAGCAGCAGAGCCUUCUUGGUGUUUAA